AUGUCUGUAAAGAAACAUCUCAAGGCAGCAAAAAAUGCCUUAGUCUCCAAUGAUCCGGACUCGUGUAUAGAAUAUGCUGAGGAAGUAUUGAACUUGGAGCAGGACAACUAUUUCGCAAAUAUUUUUUUGGGAAAAGCUUAUCACUUGCGGUCUGAUGCAUUGAAUGCCACUAAAUACUACAAGACUUGUUGUGAAAUAGAUCCCAUGAACGAACUAGGAUGGAAAGGACUCUUGUUGUUGGCAAGAGAAUCAGAUGACUAUGAGUCAUUUCUCAGCAUUUUGAAAGGGUACGCUGAAAUUAAAACUAAGAAGAACGAAUCUUUGCAAGAGAUUGCAAAAGAAGUUGAGAUUUACUUGAAAAAAUUUGAGAAGAACCAAGACUUAUGUAUUGCUGUUCUUGAUAGUACUACUUCAUUUGGAUUCUUGGGCAGGCUGGUGGGAAACCCAAUCAUUCCAGAAGAAAGAUCGUUGAUCUUAAUAAUCGAUAAACUUAAGCAUAAGGAAGAAGGAGUUAUUGCUACAAACAUAAAAAGGGCCAAAAUAAAGACAGCUAAUAAUAUACCCCUGGAGAUUCAGAAUAAAUUAAACUCUAUCAAGUGGGCGGUGUAUUCUAAAUCCAUGCUACCCGAUUAUAUGUCACGAUUAUUGGAAAUUUGUGAGGAUGAUGACUUGCAAAAAAAAUACAAUCACCUGUGGUUAUCGUACCAGCUCGAUGUCCUAUCCUGCGCACCCAACGGUGAUGCUAAGACUGGUUUGCAGCGAAGGAUCUUUGUAGCCUGCGAAGGUAUUGUUGCUGUCAAAAGGGAUGUUAGGCUGGCUUGGGACAUUUAUUUGAAUUGGCUUGAUCCGCAAAAUGUCGAUGAUUUGCCCCUUUGGUUGCUGUGUGAUUAUAUUAGGCUAUUUGGUAUGGAAGGCUUGGGUUCGAUCUUAUACGGCUUUGUUUACUCUGAUUACUCAAAUUAUAGCGAGGAUAAAGUAAGAAAGUACCUCACGACUGAAGAAACGUAUAGCGAAGAAAACAGCGAAGGAAAAAGAGCAGUGCACUUUGUUGAUGUGCAAAAUGAUGAAGAACUGCUCAACCAGUUCAAAUCAGAUCUCACUGUAUCCACAGCCCUCAACGAUGCAGAGCUAAUGUCUUUUUACGUUAAAAGCAUUGAGAAAGCUUCAACCUCUCUGCUUGCUUGUAGAAUCGUAAGUGAAUUCUACUUAUCGCUGAAGGAGUACAAAUUUGGAUUAAUGUAUUGCCGUAAAGGUAUCAAUCUACUAACUAAAGUAUUGAAAGAUUAUGGUUUGAGUUUACCACAUACGAAAGAAUCCCUACUAUUGGAUUUGGCAUCUAUUUAUACGUACUAUGAUGCUCCAAAAGAUCAUCCGAGGGCUUUCAAACUCUAUGAGUCUAUUUUGCAAAAAAAUCCUUCCAACCCGAAAGCUAAGAUCGGGAAAUCGUUAAUUUUCCUUCAAUUAGGGGAGUUCAAUAAGGCUAAAGAAUUACUUCAAACAAUCUUCGAUGCAAACUUAGAAGCUAAGGCCUAUCUUGGCUGGUGCGAAAUUAAUUUAGGGAAUCUCGAAUUCGGUAGGAAUCUUCUUACUUCUUGUUUAAAGGAUACCAGUCUUCAAGAUGAAGAAAUGAAAGUUGAGAUUCAAUGGAGGUUGGCUCAUUCGUAUUUACAAGAAGUUCAAGAAGUUAAGAAUUUACAUGAUCGAUACUUAGUCGAAGGAAACAUUAGAGAAGCUUAUUCAAACUUGGUUGUGUGUUUAAAGCAGGAUGCUACAUACGCACCUGCUUACACGACUUUGGGAAUAGUUUAUGAAGACUAUCUUAAUGACUCGAAAAGGGCCAAUAAGUGCUACUAUAAAGCAUUUGAGUUAGAUAUAAGGCAGCUGGAGUCCGCAAGGCGAUUAGUGGUUAACUUUGCUUUGGAGCCAGAUUGGGAAUCUGUACGAGUACUUGCACAGCGAGUGGUUGAUUCUGACACCAGCAGAAGUAUUUUGGAAGGCGCAGUUGAUCCGGCAUGGCCGUACCGAAGUCUAGGGUGCGCCUUAUUAGAAGUUCAAGAAGAUGUUAAAGCAAUUGCCUGUUUUCAGUCUGCCUUAAGGCUCGAUUCGAAAGAUACUGAGUCCUGGGUUGGAUUGGGUCAAGCUUAUUUGAGCGGAGGUCGAUUGGAAGCUUCUAUAAAAGUUUUCAAUCAUAUCUUGAAUAAUCUAGACUCCAACUGGUUUACCUCGUAUAUGUUGGCUUUAUCCUUAUCUUAUGGAGGUCAGUUUGCUGAGGGUAUGUCAAUUCUUCAGAAAUUGCAUUCUACUAGGCCUAAAGAGAAGUGUAUUUUAACCGCUUUGAUUGAGUCAUUCUUGACCAAAAGCCAAGAUGACUUAUCUAGAGGGUUUGUUGGGCGUUGCAUUGAAGCCAGCAUAAUAUCAUUGGAUUUUGUUUUUCAGCUCUCAGAAGUUGAUAUUCAUUGCUAUAAAUCUUGGAAAUAUCUUUCCGAGGCUAUUCUCAUAUUUACUAAGGUUAAAAAUUCGUUACCAAGCUACUAUGUGAACAAGAUUUCUGCUAUUUCGAAAAGAGUUGCCAUUUCAAGAAGUGAUCUCUGUGAAAUGGGCGAUGGUUUGGAGUAUAGGAAAGGACUCUUAGUUGAAGCAGAAAGUGCAACACAUUUUGACCGAGCAAUAUCCUACAUGGUUCAAAGUGCGAAGACCGCAAUUCAGGUUCUUUCACAAAAAUCCUCAAAUAAGUUGAGAGCUUCCUUAUAUUACAAUCUGGGGUUAAUAUAUUAUCACGCUUUCACAUUGACGAAUAAGCUCCUCUAUUUGAAAUGUUCGAUUAAGCCUCUACAGAGAGCAAUCCUGAUUGAACCAUUGGUGGCAGAUUAUUGGAUAGCUCUCGGAAAUUGUACUAUUCUCAAGAACGCUCGAGUUGCCCAGCACUGCUAUAUUAAGGCGUCAUCAAUAUCCUCAAUUAAUCACUCCGUGUUUGUUAAUUUGGGAGCACUAUAUUUAAUCGCGGGCGACACUGAUUUAGCCAAAAUUUCGUUUCAUAGAGCCUUAAGUAUGCAACCGAACGAAUAUUUGGCUUGGGAAGGCCUGGCCCUAUCAAGAAAUGAACGUACCCCAGAUGCAACUAGUACGUUUAGCCUUUUCGCACAUGCCAUGGUGCUCUCCAAUGGAAAGUCGCCCCUUGCACAACUCUUGUACGGAUUUCAAGUUUUGAAGAAAUUUGCAAUGCAAAACAAAUUUUACGGACACACUAUUACUGAAAGGCAGGAGAUCAGUUUGGCUUGCGGCCUCAUGUUGAGGUACCUCAAAUUAGAUUCAGAGAACGAGUUUGCGUUAUUCGUGACAUUAAGUUUAAUCGAACUCACUCAAAAGUUUGAACUUGGUGUAGAAUUAGCGAAAAACUUGUUCAGUUCACUAGAAAGAACUUACAGAGAAAGAGGGAGUGUAAGUGUAUUGUAUCAACUUACAGCAGCCAAAUCACAACAGGCAAGACUUUACUUGGGGUCCGGACAGUACGGCAAUGCGAUUAUGGCUGCAAAGAUGGCGAUGGAUAUGUCGGAAGACGAUGUUCUACCUCGAAAUUCACAUGUCUUGAAAUGCGUCUUAUCAUCUAGAUCAGUGAUAGCGCUUUCUUAUUUCUUCAAUGGCCAGCUUUCAAAAGCACUGUCUCAACUGAAAGUUUGUCUCGAAAAUUCGGAUUCCUAUAGAUUGGUCAUCUUGCUUGCACAAAUCCUUCACACUUUUGGGAACCAGGAUGCAAAGACAGUAGCAAUGGAAGAAUUAUUUAACCAUAUCGAGAAACGAGAUUCUUCCUUACCAAUUACCCUAACUAUGGGUGCUAUUGCUAUUAGUGAGGAUCUUGAAGAUUUACUUCCUGUGGUAAAUGAGGACCUUAAAUCACUAUCCUUUGAUCAAUUAGCUGCAGACAGCUCCAGAAAUGUACCACAAAUGGUCCAUUUAAUCAACCGUAAACUGGACAUUAAAGAGAAUGUAUGGCAGAAAGUUGCAUUUCUAUUCCCAAAUGAUGGCAAAACCUGGUCCAAAUUGGAUAAUGACGUUGCACUUGAAGUCUUUUAUAAUUCAAAAUCUUCGAGUUCUUCUCUCAGUAGGUCUUCUGUUAAAACGGGAAGGGUUAUCAAUAUCCAAAGGGGUAUAUUCUUAGAUCCCUCACAAGAAGUAGGUUACGAGGCAUUAGUUAAAUGCAUUCCGACAUAA